AUGGGGGCCAACAAGGUUGUGCAGAAGUCGAAGGAGGCCAAGAUGAAGGCGGCCAUGGCCGGCGGCAAGUCGCGCAAGAAGAAGUGGGCCAAGGGCAAGGUUAAGGAGAAGCUCGCAAACUUGGUCAUGUUCGACAAGGCAACCUAUGACAAGAUGCUGAAGGAAAUCCCCAAGGCCCGGCUCAUCACGCCCUCGGUGGUCAGCGAGCGGCUGAAGGUGAACGGCUCCGUGGCACGGCAGGCGAUCCGCCACCUGGAGGAGAAGAACAUGAUCGUGCAUGUCGGCGAGAAGUCCAGCAAGCAGAUGAUCUACACACGUAAGAUUGGCGGCGGCGAGGAUUGA